UCCUCAUCGUCUCCAUCCUCUACUGGAAGUUCUGUCGCACCGACAAGCUGGAGUUCCAACCUGAUACCAUGGUAACAGGACCCCAGAGGCAGAAGCUCCAGGCUCCCAGCGUGAAGGGCUUUGACUUUGCCAAGCUGCACCUGGGCCAGCCCAGCAAGGACGACCUGAUGGUCAUCCAGGAGCCCGCCGCCCACCCCUCCGCCGCCGUCAAGGAUACCAGCACCUCGGAGAGCGGCGAGCCCGGCGGCUUCUCGUCCGCCAAGAGCGCCUCGCGCGUGGGACGCAAGAAAGGACGGAUCUCCCCGUCAGACGGGGACUCCGUGGGCAGCGAUCGGUCCAGCGAGAAGGACUCGCCAGCCGGCCGCCUCAGGGGGUCAUCCGCUCCGUACGACCCCAAACAGCCGCGCAAGAUGGUCGCCAACGGCCUCAAUGGCUCCAUACUUUUCCUGAGGGGAGAUCUGUAG